UCCAGGUGCAACCGCUCUGUCUUUUCCCUCUCUCUCCCACCUGGUCUCUGGCCGCAACUGAGCCCCGACGCCAUGGCAUCCGCCCACGAGACCACUGCCGCUGAGGCACUCCAGCACAGCCAAGACGUGGCCGACCACAAGCCUCACCUGUACGGUGCCACGGUCAACGACGCCAAUGUCGCCGGUGCCCACGUCUCGCUCGAGAAGCCCCACGCCGCCAGCGGCUCUGGCUCCGACGCUGCGUCCAUGGUCGUCGAGGAGGAUGGCAUUGGCGGAGUCAAGCCUACCGCCGAGGAGCUGGCCACUCUCCGCAAGGUCGGUGAGCCUCUUCCCAAGAGCGCCUUCUUGGUCGCCAUUGUCGAGCUCUGUGAGCGUUUCACCUACUAUGGCGCCUCUGGUAUCUUCCAAAACUACAUCUCGCGUCCCCGCAGCGGAGUGCUAGGACGCGGUGCUCUGGGCAUGGGCCCCCAGGGAGCCACCGGUCUGUCUACCUUUUUCCAGUUCUGGUGCUACGUCACGCCCAUUCUCGGUGCCGUCAUUGCCGACCAGUACAUGGGCAAGUAUAACACGAUUGUCAUGUUCUGCUUCGUCUACAUUGUCGGUCUCAUCAUCCUCACCUGCACCUCGAUUCCCGCUGCUCUCGACCAUGGCGCAGGUCUUGGUGGCUUCAUCGUGGCCAUUAUUGUCAUUGGUCUGGGCACGGGUGGUAUCAAGUCCAACGUUGCGCCUUUGAUUGCCGACCAGUACAAGCGCAGACAGAUGGUCAUUGGCCACGACGACAAGACUGGCGAGCGUGUCAUCAUUGACCCUGCUAUUACCAUUCAGAGAAUCUACAUGAUUUUCUACUGGUGCAUCAACGUCGGAUCCCUCUCACUGCUCGCCACGCCCUACAUGGAGCGUGACGUCGACUUCUGGCCGGCAUACCUCAUGUGUCUCUGCGUCUUCUUCAUCGGCCUGCUCGUCCUUGUUCUCGGCCGCAAGGUCUACGUCGUCCGCCCCGCGCAGGGCUCAGUCAUCACGAAUGCGUUCCGCGUCAUCUUCAUGAUGAUCAAGAACCGCAACAUGGACGCCGCCAAGCCCUCGUACCAGGCGGGUCUUGGCAACGACUCCAACCUCCGCUGGAACGACCACUUUGUCGACGAGGUUAAGCGUGCCCUGAUUGCUUGCCAGGUCUUUGCCUUCUACCCCAUCUACUGGGUUAUCUACGGCAACUUCUCCAACAACUUUGUCACUCAAGCUGGCGAAAUGCGCGGCCACGGCAUUCCCAACGACCUGAUGCAGAACUUUGACCCCAUUUCGAUUAUCGUCUUCCUGCCGCUGGUCGACCAGGUGCUGAUGCCCACACUCCGCAAGUACAAGAUCCGUUUCCCCCCGAUCAACCGCAUCAUGACUGGUUUCUGGAUUGCUUCCCUGGCCAUGAUCUACGCCUGUGUCCUCCAGCACUUUAUCUACAAGAGCGGGCCUUGCUACGGCCAGCCUCUGGAAUGCGACGCUGAUCUCGUCGAUGGGGUGCACACUGGAAACAACAUCCACAUUGCCUUGCAAACGGGUGCUUACAUUCUCAUUGGUCUCUCUGAGAUUUUUGCCUCGGUGACUGGUCUCGAGUACGCCUACACCAAGGCGCCGCCUAGCAUGAAGUCGUUUGUGCAGUCCAUGUUCCUCCUUACCAACGCCUUUGGCUCUGCCAUUUCCGAGGCGCUCAACCCGGUCCUCUACAACUCCGCCAUCAUGUGGAUGUAUGCUGGUCUCGCGAUUGCGUCUUUCAUUGCUGGUGGGCUGAUCUGGAUCAUCUUCCACCACCUCAACGACACCGAGGACGAGAUGAACCAGCUGGACGAGGACAUUGACAAGGACCCUGCUAUGAGGAGGAGCAGCGUCAAUGGACAGCACACGGUUGAGCUCGCCGAAAAGGUUUAGGCAUGGAGCAAGGGGAGUAAUGUUAGCAUGAUGAUAAUGUGCUGUUUCAGCAACCGUGAUACCCGAUGAAUUCAAUUUCAACGUAUACCAAC